AUGCCACAUAAGGCCUUUGCCAUCUGGUGGAUACUCAUGCGCCACAAAAUACCUUGCCGACAACAACUGUUUGAACAAAACAUUGAAGAGAUUAGCGAUCCUAACUACGCCCUAUUGCCCAAAUCUCUGACCUUCUCCUACUUGCUCCAGCCAUCCCCUCCUCAUUCAAUUACUGUAACCAACUCCGCUAUUGAUUUCUAUAUGAUUGUAGAAUGCACACUAAGUGCAAUCUGGUGUGCGCACUUCCGUUUUGUUCUUGAUGACCUAGAGUUUGUCCCCAAUCGCGUAACGGCUCUAGCCACCCUCCACAUCAGAAAACUAGAAGCCGAGUUGGUUUUAACUCUUCUCUAG